AUGGCUGGUCUCAUAGCGGUACAGGACGAAGAUAGCUCCAAGGAUCCUGCGCUGGCGGCAAUCCUGCACGACUCUCGCAGACGUGCGUCCCGCAUUACUAUGGGAAUGCUGCUGUUUAUGCUCUCACAGUGCUUCGUCUGGUAUCCCAUUCCCCUUGUUGUGCAUGCAGAAGAUCGGCGGCUUCCACUUUCGCAGCACGCGUGGGACAACAACAGUAACUACUACCCACUCUCGUACACUGUCCAGUGCGUAUGUGGCCUGUACGUGAGUCAGAUCAGCUUCGCACUGGACUGCCUGUUUGCGUCCAUCUUGAUCCUCGUAGUUGCUCAGCUGAAGAUCCUCGGAGAACGUAUUUUGAAGUUGAAGCAGGAAGUGAUUCCAGUAGAGGCAAACGAAAAUCCUCGUCGGUGGGAUCAGAUACCGACAGACAAACAUUAUGACGGAAUGUACAGAAGAUUGUGCGUUUGCAUCGACAGCCACCAAAAGAUUCUCAGGUUCGUCACGCGUGUACAAGACGCCAUGAGCCCCAUAGCAAUGACGCAGUUUGCUAGCAGUGUUGUCAUCGCAUGUAUGGGGCUAUUUCAAGCGACAUACGGAGAGGACAUGAGUGUCGCACUGAAGUGCGCUUCUUACCUUCCCAUUCCAGGAGGGCAGGUGUACCUCUAUUGUUGGGCAGCUCACAGCGUAUCUGAAGAAGCAGCGUCGGUUUCCACGGCGGCUUACAGCUGCUCCUGGGUGGAGUGCAGCGCGAGAUUCAAGCACGCUCUGAGAAUCCUCAUCGUCCGCGCACAGAAACCGCUGGUUCUCACCGCUGGACACCUCUACCCCAUCAACAGGGGUGCCUUUCUGUCGGGUCUUGAGAAAAGUGAAAUUGUGACACCAGCACACCACGCCAGGGCUGCAGUACAGCUGACAUAG